AUGGAGCUGUUGUCCACCCCGCACAGCAUUGAGAUCAACAAUAUCACGUGUGACUCCUUCCGAAUUUCUUGGUCAAUGGAUGUUGGCGACUUGGAUAGAGUUACCCACUAUUUCAUUGAUUUGAACAAGAAGGAAAACAAAAGCUCCAACAAGUUCAAACACCGGGAUGUCCCUACCAAGCUGGUAGCUAAAGCAGUGGCCCUACCAAUGACUGUGAGAGGUCACUGGUUUCUGAGUCCCAGGACAGAGUACAGUGUGGCAGUGCAGACUGCAGUGAAGCAAAGUGAUGGGGAAUACCUUGUCUCUGGAUGGAGUGAGACUGUCGAAUUCUGCACAGGGGACUACGCUAAAGAACAUUUGGCUCAGCUGCAAGAGAAAGCGGAACUCAUCUCAGGGCGGAUGCUCCGGUUCUCUGUUUUCUAUCGGAAUCACACUAAAGAGUAUUUCCAGCAUGUCAGAAUGCACAGCGGAAACGUCAUGAAGCCGUACUUGAAGGACAACAGCGGUAGCCAUGGUUCACCCACUAGUGGCAUGCUACACGGCAUCUUCUUCAGCUGCAAUACUGAGUUCAACACUGGCCAGCCUCCCCAGGACUCCCCUUACGGCCGCUAUCGUUUCCAGGUGCCCGCGCAGCGCCUUUUCGGCCCCAAUACCAACCUUUACUUUGCGGACUUCUACUGCAUGUACACUGCCUACCAUUACGUCAUUCUGGUGCUGGCGCCUAAAGGUUCUGCUGGAGACCACUUUUGUCGGGAGCGUCUGCCCCAGUUGGACAUUUCCUGCAACAAGUUCCUGACCUGUUGCGUGGAGGACGGCGAGCUCAUCUACCGUCAUGCCCAGGAUGUCAUCCUGGAGAUCAUUUAUACAGAGCCGGUUGACCUCAGCCUAGGAGUUCUGGGGGAGAUCAGCGGCCAUCAGCUCAUGAGCCUCUCGACUGCUGAUGCCAAGAAGGAUCCUAGCUGCAAGACAUGCAACAUCAGUGUGGGGCGCUAG